AUGCCACCUCGAAAGGCGAAGUCGCGAAAAAGUCGGAAAGUAGCCAAAGGCCGCCAUCCGACUGUGGGGAAGAAGCCAGGCGUCCCUAGGCGACGGACAAAGAAGAAUGACCGAGAAGGACUUCUGCCUCUGGAAGUACCUGAACAGAAGAUUGAAGAGUACCGAUUCAACGCCACGCAGUCAUCCCUUCUGCUGCUACCUACUGAACUACUCGAGAUGAUUAUCUUCUAUCUUAUUCCGGAGCAAGACGUCUUCAUAUACUGGAACGGAAUGAAUCUCCGGAAUGCCCUACUCAAACCCAGGUGUGAAAAUUAUUACCGGUGGGGAGAGUACAGUGUGCCCAAGCGAUUGUCUUUCCAGGUCCCGCUCGUCUGCCGGCAGCUGUACCAUGUAGCGGCUCUCCUCCCAUAUGCGCGUCUCCGCUUCAUAUUCACAGAAGGUUCGAUGAGGCGGUGGGUAUGCAAUCGUCUUCCCGUUCAACUCGCUGCCGUUAGGGAAGUGUCGCCCUCAGCCCAGUGGACCGAAGAUGUCUGGACGGAGAGCCAGCGCCCCUUCUCAGACAUCUUUCCUGGGCUUAAAAGAGUGGUUGUUGACCAGAAGGAACUGUUCAACCUCAUUCGGGACCCCUUUAAACCCGAAACGGAUCGCAUGUUGAAGGGGAUGAUCUCUAAUGCCCUAGCCCGGAGGGAAAAGAAGGGCCUCGAGAUCGUGUUUACGGAAUACAUAGAAACCUGGCCAAUCUUCGCGUUCGAAAAUGGGUUCACGUAUAGUAGAUGA